AUGAUCACUGAUUUGAUCUCGCCGUACGGCGGCUACGUGUUGCUGGCUUUGCUGGCCGCGUACUAUAUCAUUCCUUAUUUGCAGCGAUGGCGCUUGACCGAUAUUCCCAGCCCUGGUUUUGCCUCCUGGACCAACCUCUGGUUGCUGCUCCAGACUCGCCAUGGACGUCGCUUCCUGGCUGUGCACGAUGCCCAUAUGAAAAAGGGAAAGAUGGUUCGCAUUGCGCCGAACCACACUUCCAUUGCAGACGAUGCCGCUAUCCCGGCUAUCUACGGUCACGGUAACGGUUUCCUCAAGUCUGACUUCUACGAUGCCUUCGUCUCCAUCCGUCGCGGUCUGUUCAACACCCGCGACCGUGCAGAGCACUCUCGCAAGCGUAAGACUGUCUCGCACACCUUCAGCGCCAAGUCCGUCGGCCAGUUCGAACAGUACAUCCACGUCAACGCUGAGCUCUUCGUCAAGCAAUGGAACCGCCUCUGUGAACUCCAGCGCAACCCCAAGACCGGUUAUGCCACCAUCGACGCCCUCAACUGGUUCAACUACCUUGCCUUCGACAUCAUCGGUGACCUGGCCUUUGGUGCUCCCUUCGGUAUGCUCGAGAAGGGCAAGGAUAUUGCCGAGAUGCGCAAGACUGCCGACUCUCCACCUGAGUAUGUGCAGGCUGUUGAGGUUCUGAACCGCCGUGGUGAAGUUUCUGCUACCCUCGGUACCAUGCCCGCCCUCAUUCCCUUCGCCAAGUUUAUCCCCGACAAGUUCUUCAAGGAGGGUCUUGAGGCUGUUUCCAACUUGGCUGGUAUUGCGGUUGCUCGUGUCAAUGAGCGUACCAAGCCUGAGGUUAUGGCCAACAACACCCGUGUCGAUCUGCUCGCUCGUCUUAUGGAAGGCAAGGACAAUACUGGUAACAGACUUGGUCAUGAGGAGUUGACUGCUGAGGCUUUGACUCAACUGAUUGCUGGCUCGGACACUACUUCCAACACUCUUUGCGCUAUUCUGUACUGGUGUCUGCGUACUCCUGGUGUCAUCCCCAAGCUGCAGAAGGAACUCGACGCUACCAUUCCCAAGGAUGUUGAGAUUGCAACCCACGCCAUGGUCAAGGACAUUCCUUACCUCCAAUGGGUCAUCUGGGAAACCAUGCGUAUCCACAGCACCUCCGCCAUGGGUCUCCCCCGCCAGAUCCCUCCCAACGGCAGCCCCGUCAACAUCUCCGGCCACGUCUUCUACCCCGGCGACGUUGUCUCCGUUCCCAGCUACACCAUCCACCGUCACCCAGAAAUCUGGGGCCCCGAAGCCGACAAGUUCAUUCCCGAACGCUGGGACCCCCAGCGCCUCACCUCCCGCCAGAAGGCCGCGUUCAUUCCCUUCAGCACUGGUCCCCGUGCCUGCGUUGGUCGUAACCUUGCUGAGAUGGAGCUCCUGCUUACUGUUAGCACUGUCUUCCGGUUAUUCGAGUUCGAGUUGCAGCAGGACCACCCUAUGGAGACCAGGGAGGGUUUCUUGCGGAAGCCGCUCGGGUUGCAGGUUGGGUUGAAGAAGCGAGUUGUUUAG